GGACGGUCCGUGGUCACUGCGUGCGGUGGUGGGCGCACUCGCCUCCGCGAGGCGGGCCUGGCCGUUAGGAGCGGCGGGGCCGAGCGGGCUGUCCCGACCCGGAGCUGUGUCCCUGCGGCCAGAUGGCAUCCAACUAUAGAAAACCUGGCUUAAGUACAGCCCAGCGGAAGAAAAGCGGCUUGAAACCUGAACUUACAGAAGAGCAAAAGCAGGAGAUAAGAGAAGCUUUUGAUUUGUUUGAUACUGAUGGAUCUGGAAGCAUCGACAUAAAAGAACUGAAGGUUGCAAUGCGUGCUUUAGGCUUUGAGCCAAAGAAGGAAGAAAUUAAGAAAAUGAUAGCAGAUAUUGACAAAGAAGGAAGUGGCACCAUUGACUUUGAAGACUUUUUGGCUAUGAUGACGCAAAAAAUGAGUGAAAAGGAUUCCAAAGAAGAAAUCUUGAAAGCUUUCAGAUUAUUUGAUGAUGAUGGGACAGGAAAAAUUUCAUUCAAAAACUUGAAAAGAGUUGCCAAGGAGCUGGGAGAAAAUUUAACAGAUGAAGAACUUCAGGAAAUGAUCGAUGAAGCUGAUCGAGAUGGAGAUGGAGAAGUAAGUGAGCAAGAAUUUUUGAGAAUCAUGAAGAAAACUAGCUUAUAUUAAUAUUUGUUGCCUUGAUAUACAGCUGCUCCAAAAGAUAACCUGGAAGACUUAAGAACUGAGCUUGCGUCUCCUGCAUAUUUUCUGCCAUAUAAAGAAAGUCUGAAAGGACAGAUUUUUGGUUCAUUCUUCUUUUUCAGCAGUCAGUUGGGGAAAGGAGGUUUCAGUACCCAGAACUGUUAAAAUGAGAUAUUGCAGAGGUGAAAAGGAAGGGUGAACUGAACCUGCAAGGCAGGGUCCCUCCCCCUCAACAAUUUCACUGAUUGCCAUUUUGGAUAAAGAAUGCUGUGUUUCAACUAUUUAACUGAAAGACAUUUCACUUGAGAGGUGAAGAUUCCCACUGCUGCUGGGAAAGGCCCCUUUUGACUUGCCUAAGGCUACAGAAUGAAGGUACAAGCACAGUAUUUUUAUUCCUUUUAAGGCUUUUAGGUUAUCUUUUGGUAUUUGUCUCCUUUGGUUUAUUUCCAUCAAAGACUGUAAAACCAAUUGCGUAUCUGUCUCUAAUUCUGUAUGAAACGCACUGUUUUCCCCUGGCAAGUUGGUUUUGGACCUAACAGAAAGCAAAUGUAGAUAACCAGAUUUGGUUCUUCAUUUGGAGCUGUGUGCCACCAGUGGCUGUUCUUCUGUUUAUGUGAUCAGCUGAAACCUAGUUUACCUGAAUGUAACCUGCUUGGAUUAUCAAAAUUUAUUGUGUAACCAGUCAACAUCUUGUGCCAUUGUUCUUACUCUCAAGACAUUUCAGAGCUGUUGUUACCAGAGCUUCUGUUACACCAGGACUUUAGGUACCUAAAAAGUUCAGUUAUAUGACGCACUAGGGUAAAUUUUGUCUUUGGCUGUUUAUAGUCAAGUUGCAGGGAGGACUCGUAUCUGAAGUGAAAACAUAGCUCACCUUGGACAUCUGUGGAACACUGUAUAUAUUUAGAUCCUAAUUCAUUUCAGACAUCACAAGUUUGGGUUUUGUUUUUUUAGGAGUAGCUUCAUUUUCUUGAAUAUUUCUUGCACAUACUGUCAAUCUAGGACUUACUGGAGAGCCACGUUUCCUUCUGUAUUAUGGUGACAGAGCAGUGACACACAACAUGACAUCUGAUUAUGUGGUUCUGCAGGAGGGUUUACCCUUGGGUCCCAAUUAGAGAAUCAGCUUCACAACUGCAGGGAAACAGUAUAAUCCUAAAUCACAUCUCUAAUAAGGCGCCUGAUGGAGAGUUCGUUACUGCUCACAGUGAAAUGACAAGUAGGUAGCAAAAUGUCAGAAGGGUUGAGUGGGAAGAGAAUGGAAAGAACAACAUUCCACCAGUAUCUGUUAAGAUCCCUCUUCUCUUCAGACAGCUUCUGCUGCUUGACAGCAGUAACAAGGCUUGUAGAAGGAAGGAAGAGCCAGCCCCUGGAUUAGCUCCUCAUUGCAGCUGCUCCAGCAAUCGUGAGCUGUAAAGGCCCAGCAGGGGGAGAAUUAGUUUCGGGAGUGGAAAGGAGAAGUGUUCAUUUACAUACCUUCUCAGCAUGCAGAUGCGGACCUGGCACAUUCUGCCCCAGCCCUCCAAGUUCUGUAUUCUGAACAACUCUAAAUAGACACCCUCUAGCCUGUACAGAAAUAGGCUUAAACCUGUGGGAGAACAGGGAUUGUGUAGGACCCUGGAAAACUCAAGAGACCUGUGAAGUCCCCUAUUAACAUAUUCAGUGGCAGUAGAUGUAACCUGUAGUACUGUAAGCAUUUUAAAAUGUCUAUUAAUUUUGUAUAAGUGUGAAAUAAAACUGUUUGCAAGUUAAA